AUGGAGAAAGUUCCCUGGGAGCCCUCUGUCCCCGCGCUCCACCCAGACACUCAGCAAAUGGCGUCUUUUGAUUGGCUGGGAGUUGUGGAAUUUACUCAGAAUGAGAGUUUUAUGGAUAAAAGAACAGCCCGGUAUGCGUCUCAAGUGGGGCCGAGUAUGUCUGUGUUGGAACUGUUGAAGGCCAAGGGCGUCAAGUUGUCGACUCUGCGUGCAGUGUUUGCCUCUGAGGCCGAUCUGCCUCCGUUGGUGCGGUUGAUUGAUGCACAUACCGUUCAUGGUGGCGCACACAAAGUGUCACCCGAAGUUGCGCUGAGCGAAGCUACCAAGCUUCUCCAAUGCCAGACAUCUAUGGAGUUUGUAUUGCCAGACACCGAGGCUGUGGGGGUGGAUGGGGAAGCCCUGGAAUGGGACAAUCUAUUUGCGGCGGAGAGGGCCGUGUUUGAUAGCAACCGCAAGUACUCCACCUACCUACGCAAAUCCCGCGAGGCCGCGACCGCAGCGGAUCUUGAGGAUAUGGAAACGGAGAAAAGGGUCACAAAAGAAUACAGAGGCAAACCAGACUACAGCUCACAAAUGAGAAAAGCACGACAGACACAGAGCCAAAAUAUCAGCCGAUACAUCCAUGAUCUGUAUGGGGAUGAAACGGACGAAGACGAGGAUGAGGAUGAGGGAGAGUUCCGACCAAGGUAUGGGA